CCGGUGUUGUGCGUUUCCUAACAACGCCAAACUCCAGAAAACACCUCUUGGGAUUAACAAAUCUACUACAGAGUCGAAAAUAUAUAUAUGAAGUGAAUUUAUUUUGAUCGUCAUAAUUCCGGACAAGACUUGUUGUUGACGAUUGCUGACGUGAAACAACAGAGCUUCUGCAACGAGUCUGAGAAGCGCAGAAAGUGAGAUGUGCGACAGCUGGACGCUGUGCUUCAAUUUGGAGAAGAAUACCAGAUUCAUAUAAUUUCAUAUAUGGGCAAGACAACCAUGGCAAAUUAUGAUGUUCACAGAAGAUUGGAAACCUAUGAGACUUCACAUAAAAGAGACUUUGUUUACAGACCCAUCUUAUCUACUCCAGAAUUAAGACCAAAAACAUCUGUCCGGAUCUAUAAGAAUUCAUAUGCAUUGGAUGUUCCCGUGAGUACAACUCUGUAUAGUGAAGACUUUUGUUGGAAGCCUGUUUCAAAGACGGCCUGCAUAAGGUCUGCCACAGCAUCUGGACAAGGAAGGAACAACCCACACCCAAGCCAGGCGUUUAUGGUAUGGGGCUAUUCUCCAAAGCAAAUGAAAAGCCUUUCCGAUGGCAAACCUUUGACUGAGCGGGACAUCCAAAAGGCUCUGAGUGAACAAUACAGGUCUACAUACAGAGUAGACUUUCUUGGAUUACCCCAAGGGAUGAUGAAGAACCAAAUAACUCUUGCACCUUCAAAACAGAGUCAUGCCGAUAAUUACUGUACCCAGACUGAAAUGAGAUACAACUACAAACCCAUAUUGAAAGCUGAGCUAUUGGGGAAGAAUUCUCGCUAUGGAUGUAACAAACUGCAUGGUGUAGCAGCGAGGGGUAUUGUCCCCACAAUUGUUCACAGUGAUAUGAAUAACCUGAGGUACAGUAAACAGCACACCACCUAUAAUAAGCAUUUUGGAAGCCAACAUGCUGAUGUCUCAUCAGUUUUCAGUUCCAUUCAGCCACAGGUGUUUCAACAGUUUGCUGAGCAUCUUGCAUCUGAGGCAGAAAAGAAAGAUGUGAAGACAUUGUGGCGCACAGCUAGCCUCUCUGCUCAUGAAUUGAGGAUGAAGAAAUCUGGUGUUUUCUUGCGACCCCAUCCCACUCUAGAGAGGAUGUCAGCCUGGCCUGGACCUUUAUAAGGAUAACAUUUUGAAAAGCUAUAUGAAUUGAAUAUGGAUUGUGUGGCUGUUUGAGGGUCAAUUUAGUUGGCACUCACUAUAAAAUAUCUCUGAUCAAAACAUGUUUUGAUAUAAGUCUAAUAAUGUUUUAACAAUGAAUAAUAAUUAGAUAAUAAAUAGAUAAAAAAUACUUUUUUGUAUCUGAGGCAUAUUCAUACUACUUAAUAACUAUACUAAAUAAAGCACUCAGUAAAUGAUAGGUUUUUAAAUUAUACAGUUUAUUAAACCUUGUAAUAUGAACCCUUUAAAAAAGUUCUUAUAUUUUUUACCCCCAUGUCAUUGGAGACAUGUAUG